GCCGCGGGAAGCGGAAGUCCCGCCCCUCCCUCUCGGUUCCCCGAAGCUGCGGCGAGGCGGAGGAAGGAGCGGGACGUAGCGGCCGGCACCAUGAGUCUCCUCAACAAGCCCAAGAGUGAGAUGACGCCCGAGGAGCUGCAGAAGCGGGAGGAGGAGGAGUUCAAUACGGGGCCCCUCUCGGUGCUCACGCAGUCGGUCAAGAACAACACACAGGUGCUCAUCAACUGCCGCAACAACAAGAAGCUGCUGGGCCGCGUGAAGGCCUUCGACAGGCACUGCAACAUGGUGCUGGAGAACGUCAAGGAGAUGUGGACCGAGGUCCCGAAGAGCGGCAAGGGCAAGAAGAAGUCUAAGCCAGUCAACAAGGACCGCUACAUCUCCAAGAUGUUCCUGCGCGGGGACUCGGUCAUUGUGGUCCUGCGCAACCCACUCAUCGCCGGCAAGUAGGACCCCUGCCUGCAGAGCCUGCACACCCUGCACACCUGCCCCCCGCCUGCCCCCGCACCGCCAGAUGAAUAAAGCCCUGUGGUUUUUCUAA